UUUUUUAAAGAUCAAUACAUGCUGACAUUCAAAUUUUCCCAUAAUGUUCUGUGUACAUUCACCCGAAACUAUGCAAAGAAGGUUAAAGCAACCAAAGGGGUUGCUGCUGUCUCUAGAAUACGUGAAAUUAAAGUUGAAACAGACCCGGAGAAAAUCGUAAACUGCUGCUGUAUAAAUUAUAGAAUAGGAGAACAACCUAUUCCACUGAGGCCGGAUAGUGAGUAUCCAGAUUGGCUCUGGAAAUUACGAACAGAUAGACAUCCUAUCCCUCUUGACGAGGUUGAUAAGAAUUCCUACUAUUAUUGGAGACGAAUUAGAAAAAUGAAUCGUGAUCUGAUAAAUAAUUUGGCUUCCGUGGAUGGUUGGCAUAGAAAAGACCAUCGGUCGUUUGAAAACCAUGCCCUUCGAUUUUAUGGCGAUUUGUACUUAACUGUUAGUGAAUGGUCUAACUCAAAAAAACUGCUUGAAAAUAAAAGUUAAUUAGUACCACCUUUCUUUUGUGUUUUACAUUCACAAAGUACGUCCAAGAAUAAUUGCUGUAUACAAAAUGAUUUGCGAUUCACCUGAUAAUCAGUGGAAACUUUGUUAAAGAAAUUUAUUUUGUCAAGUAAUCGCUUUUGAAUCUUGCCUUAUGAAUAAUAACGUAUUUUGAUUU